AUGGCACACGAGGCCGCAGCAGCCGAAGAUGGCCCAGCACUUCAAUACCACUGUCCACUGCGUCCGCUCGUAUCAUAUCGCCAGACAACGGGCUUUGAGUGCUACGGAAGGAGCCGGAGGAAAAAUGGUGAGUGGAGAGUAUUCAGUCCCAUCAGACUCUUGAGUUCAAUGAGUCCACUCAGUGCGUCUUCGCUCCAGAGGUUUGCGAGGGCCAGCCUCUGUCAGAUGCUAAAGGGGCAAACACAACCGCCCAGUCCGCAUCUUCUGGCGACACAAGGAGGCAGCAGCAUGACUCGCUUGUAG